GUGUGUUGUGUGCAGCAGUAAAAGUAAACUGAACCUCAAAAUUUUCAUGAAUUGUUAAUUUUUUUUCUAAAUUGUAUAUUAAAUAAUUUUCGAAUUAUAGCAAAAAGUUUUAGUGUUAGAUAGUGAAAAAUUAGUGACAAUUUUCAAUAGUGAGAAAAUGGACUCAUGGUGGUUAUAUUUAGUAGUUUCGGCAACUACUUUGUGUUUCGCCAAGAGCCACGUAGCCGGCUCCAAGGUGAUUAGCAUUCGUGGUAUACAUCCGACAAAGAUUCCACUUUAUUCACCGGAUCAAGAUUUUCAUUGUCUUGAUGGUAGUUUAAUUAUUUCGUUUAGUAAAGUUAACGAUGACUAUUGUGACUGUGUAGACGGCAGUGAUGAACCCGGAACAUCGGCCUGCUCAAACGGUUCAUUUUACUGUCAAAAUUUGAGUUAUAAGCCGAAAUACAUUCCCUCGGGAAGAGUGAACGAUGGUGUUUGUGAUUGUUGUGAUGCCAGUGAUGAGUAUGAUUCGAAUUUGUGUGUAAAUAAUUGUUACGAUCUUGGACAUUUGGCGAAACUCAAAGCUGACGAGGCGCAAAAAGUCGCACGUGAGGGAAAUGAUAUUCGCAAUGAAAUGGUGGCAAAAGGUAAACAAAUAAAAAGUGAACUGCAGCAAAAAUUAUCGAAACUUCGUACCGAUCAUGAGGAAUCGGAAUUAAUAAAAAAGGAGAAGGAGGGUUUGAAGAAGGAUGCUGAGGAGAAGGAGAAAAUUGCUCUAGAUAAAUACAAACCCCCAGAACCAGAGCAAACUGAAAGUGAAAAUGAACAAGUACGUGAAGAGAAACCAAAUGAAGCUGAAGAUUAUUUCAAACUUUUGGACUCUGAUGAAAGUGGUACUGUAACUAUUGUUGAAUUGCAAACGAGAAUUACAUUUGACAGAGACAGAAAUGGUCAAGUUUCUGAGGAAGAAGCGCUCUACUUCUUGAACAAUCGGCCAGAAUUAACAAUGCAAGAAUUUAUUGACUCAGCUUGGAAGAAUAUCAAACCAUUCCUCAUGUUAGAAAAAGGUCUCUUCAAGCCGGCAGGUGACGAGCCACAGGAGGCAAAUGCAGAGGAAGCGCAAAACGCUGAUCACGUUGAAGGAGAUGAACAAGAGGAUCAUGAUGAACAUGAAGAUCAUGACGAUCAUGACGAUCAUGACGAUCAUGACGAUCAAGAAGACCAUGAGGGAGAAGGCGAGGAAGAAGGCGAGAUAGAGAGAGGAGAGGACAAAGAGGAACGUGUACCAGAACCGGAAGAACCCGCCAAGUACGAUGAAGAGACUCAAGCUCUCGUCGAUCAGGCGAACGCUGCGAGAAAUCGUUUCAACGAAGCUGACAAAGCAGUUCAAGAUCUUCUCACAGACAUUAAAAAAGUGGAGGAAAAAUUAUCCGUAGAUUAUGGAAUUGACGGUGAAUUCACCGCACUCGACGAGCAGUGUUUCGAUUACACGGAUUUGGAAUACGUUUACACACUCUGUAUGUUUGGAAAAGCAACUCAAAGAUCUAAAAACGGAGGCAGUGACGUUAAUCUUGGUUCCUGGAGCAAUUGGCACGGUCCAGAGGAAAAUAAAUAUUCAAAAAUGAAGUACGAUCACGGUUACACUUGCUGGAAUGGACCGGCGCGUUCUACAAUCGUUACAUUAAUUUGUGGAAUGGAAAAUAAACUUCUAUCAGUUACUGAACCAAGUCGCUGUGAAUAUGCAAUGGAACUGUCAACACCUUCAGUUUGUAAAUUAAUGCCAGAAAUUCUCGAUACACACGAUGAAUUGUGAAAACACACUUUUCUUACGUAUAUUUUUUUUUAAAUAAAAUAUUUUGGUGUUUUUAUGUAAAACAGACACACAACAAAACUGGUAAACACAGUAAUGAACUAAAAAACAUUUUUGCAAAAAAAAAAAGAAUAAAUCGAAUUU